AUGGUCCUGCAGGCGCGGAACAAGCACCGGGAGGCGGCCCCCAAGCCGCCCCAGCCGCCCCGCGCCUCUCAGUCGCCGCUGAGGGGGGCGCCGGAUGCCGGCGCCGGGGAGCCCGGGCCCGAGCGCGCGCCCCGGUCCCCCGGGCGCAAGGGCGCCGCGGGCAGGAAGGGGCCNCGCGCCGAGCCCGCCGCGCCUUCCGCCGGGGGCUGGCUCGGGGGGCGCCUGGUGGCCGGGCUGCGCGGGGCGCUGGGCCUGCGGCGCGCGGGGCGCGGCCGGACCUGGACCACGCUCCUGCUAGCUACCUUUGCAGCAGUGUUGCACUGGAGCCAUAUAACACACCUCUUUGAAAAUGAUCGUCACUUUUCUCACCUCUCAACAUUGGAAAGGGAGAUGGCUUUUCGCACUGAAAUGGGACUAUAUUAUUCCUACUUUAAGACUAUUGUGGAAGCACCCUCAUUUUUGAAUGGAGUAUGGAUGAUUAUGAAUGAUAAGCUGACUGAAUACCCCCUUGUUAUUAAUACAUUAAAAAGGUUCAAUCUUUACCCUGAGGUAAUCUUAGCCAGCUGGUACCGGAUUUAUACCAAAAUAAUGGACUUGAUUGGUCUUCAAACCAAGAUAUGUUGGACAGUGACCAGAGGAGAAGGACUCAGUCCUAUUGAAAGCUGUGAAGGAUUGGGAGAUCCUGCUUGCUUUUAUGUUGCUGUAAUUUUUAUUUUAAAUGGACUAAUGAUGGCAUUAUUCUUCAUAUAUGGCACAUAUUUAAGCGGCAGCCGAUUAGGAGGCCUGGUUACGGUGCUGUGCUUCUUUUUCAAUCAUGGAGAGUGCACUCGUGUGAUGUGGACACCACCCCUCCGCGAAAGCUUCUCCUAUCCAUUCCUCGUACUUCAGAUGUUGCUUGUGACUCAUAUUCUCAGGGCUACAAAACUUUAUAGAGGAAGCUUGAUUGCACUCUGCAUUUCCAAUGUAUUUUUCAUGCUUCCGUGGCAGUUUGCUCAGUUUGUACUUCUUACUCAGAUUGCAUCAUUAUUUGCAUUAUAUGUUGUGGGAUACAUUGAUAUAUGCAAAUUACGGAAGAUCAUUUAUAUACACAUGAUUUCUCUUGCACUUUGUUUUGUUUUGAUGUUUGGAAACUCAAUGUUAUUAACUUCUUAUUAUGCUUCCUCUUUGGCAAUUAUUUGGGGUAUACUGGAAAUGAAACCACAUUUCCUGAAAAUAAAUGUAUCCGAACUUAGUUUAUGGGUUAUCCAAGGAUGUUUUUGGUUAUUUGGAACUGUCGUACUCAAGUAUUUGACAUCUAAAAUCUUUGGCAUUGCAGAUGAUGCUCAUAUUGGCAACUUAUUAACAUCAAAAUUCUUCAGUUACAAGGAUUUUGAUACUUUAUUGUAUACCUGUGCAGCGGAGUUUGACUUUAUGGAAAAGGAGACUCCACUGAGGUAUACAAAGACAUUGUUGCUUCCAGUCGUUCUGGUUGUGUUUAUUGCAAUAGUUAAAAAGAUUAUUAGUGACAUGUGGGGUGUCUUAACUAAACAACAGGCACAUAUAAGAAAACACCAGUUUGAUCAUGGAGAGCUAGUUUAUCAUGCAUUGCAACUGUUAGCAUAUACAGUCCUCGGUAUCUUGAUUAUGAGACUAAAACUCUUCUUGACACCACACAUGUGUGUUAUGGCUUCCUUGAUCUGUUCAAGACAGCUGUUUGGAUGGCUCUUUUGCAAAGUACAUCCUGGGGCUGUUGUUUUUGCCGUAUUAGCAGCAAUGUCAAUACAAGGUUCAGCAAAUCUGCAAACCCAGUGGAAUAUUGUAGGGGAGUUCAGCAAUUUGCCACAAGAAGAACUUAUAGAAUGGAUCAAAUACAGUACUAAACCAGACGCAGUGUUUGCAGGUGCCAUGCCCACAAUGGCAAGUGUGAAGCUCUCUGCGCUUCGGCCCAUUGUGAAUCAUCCGCAUUAUGAAGAUGCAGGGUUAAGAGCCAGAACGAAAAUAGUUUACUCAAUGUAUAGUCGAAAAGCAGCUGAAGAAGUGAAGCGAGAAUUGAUAAAGUUACAAGUGAAUUAUUACAUUCUAGAAGAGUCCUGGUGUAUAAGAAGAUCCAAGCCUGGGUGCAGUAUGCCUGAAAUUUGGGACGUGGAAGAUCCUGCUAAUGUUGGGAAACCUCCCUUAUGUAACCUCUUGGUGAAGGAUUCCAAGCCACACUUCACCACUGUAUUCCAGAACAGUGUUUACAAGGUCUUAGAAGUUAUAGAAGAAUGACUGCUGCCUACAGACCUACAGAGAAGUACAUCAGUAAUGGUUUUAAUGUUUUGCUAAUAACUCAUGCCUUGUUUUUAAUUCAAAUCCCAAAAACUUUUAUAGGUAACUGUUUUCAAAUAGAAAACAUUUUGUUUGGUCAAUUCAAAUGUUGUUCUGAUUGUAAAAAUACUUAUACCUUAAUCAGUUGGUUACUAUUUCAAUGCAGCCCUUUAAAAUUUGCUAUGCAAAUGAGUAUAUGUUUGUACCUGACUUAAAUAUUUGUGCUAAAGUGAGUGAGCAAAGCUACCUGUAAAAGAAACAUGA